AUGCCGGCAUACCACUCCAUCUUCCUUGAGGACCGGGAUGUCCCCGUACUAGGCAACUUCCCAAUCCUCCCCCUCCGCACCCGCACUCGCGGCCCCGCAUACACACUCCCCCCGCUACCUGCCAACACCACCGACCUCGACGUGCCCCCAGACAGCGAGUCCUACGACUGUGUGGAUGAAAUCCUAUCUCUUUUCCGCGCCAAUGUUCUGUUCCGUAACUUUGAAAUCAAUGGUCCCGCCGACCGCAUGCUCAUCUAUGGAACCUUGUUUAUCAGCGAGUGCCUGGGGAAGGUCAAGCCGACAAUGACAUCUCGUGAUGCAGAGAAGGCCCUGAUCAAUGCUGCGCUCGACCAUUUCGCCAUCCCGGGUGACGCAUCUUUCCCGCUCAACCAAGCCUUCGAGCCCCCACGGGAUCGUCAAGAUGCAGAGACAUUGAGGCAAUACAUCUCCCAAGUGCGGCAGGAGACUGCCAUUCGGUUGCAUGCUAGAUUAUACCCUGGCGGUGUUGGUCCCUCGAAGUGGUGGCUCAGCUUCGCGAAGAGGAAGUUCAUGGGAAAGAGCUUUUAG